AGCGCUGAUACGUGGGCGGGACUUCCGGUUGAGCUCACCCGGAAGAUUCGGAUGCAAGUUUCACCGCUCGAUUGUGCAUCCAUAUGCUCGUUACUUUGAACGUUUUAAUGUGAUUCGGGAGCUUUUUCUAACCGUUAGUAUUUGCAAAAAUGUUAUCUUUAGACUUUCUCGACGAUGUUCGUCGCAUGAAUAAGCGGCAGGUAUGUACCGGAACUCGUGUUUGGUGUGAUGUUAUGACCGCCUCUUUGUAUGGCAGACAGACCGCAGAGAGCUAACCUCAACUAGCCGAUCACCGACUUUGAACGACGCAGUCUAUCUCUUACUUUGUACCAAAGCUAAAGCUUGGACUCGUUUCAGCGCUUGUACCUUUCAUUUUGUCCUGUCUUUAUCUAAAUGCACUAAAGGCAAAUAUAAACCUCGGUUAAAGAACAAAAUGUACUUCGGUUUUAGCUAGCAAUGUGUCAUUUUUGACCACACUUACAUAAAUGAAAAUACAAAUAUGUUUACUAGUUAAAAACUGUUAUCUCAAACAUGUGAUGAAGCUAUUCAGGACUACUCGUUCCACCUCGUCCUGAGUCAGCCCUUAUGUUUUAUACACACACACUUGGUGUAUUGAAGGUCUGUUUUUGCCGGUGUGUUGUCAAUAUUCUUCUUUCUUUUUGCAGCUUUAUUACCAGGUUCUGAACUUUGGUAUGAUUGUUUCCUCUGCCCUGAUGAUCUGGAAAGGACUGAUGGUUGUCACUGGCAGUGAGAGUCCAAUUGUUGUUGUUCUCAGGUAAGUCCCAUGUGUUGGAUUUGAGCGUCCCCUUCUGCCUGACUGUGUGGCCUCUGUAGAUAAGACUCAAACUUAAAGGAUUUAAUCCUCAUAUGUGCUGAUUGAGUUUGGCUGUGGGGUCAUUUGUUUGUUUACUUUUUAAAUCACAUCUCAGAAAUAUUAACCCACUCAGAUAUGAUGGAGAAAGGUGAUGUCUCUAAUUUUAUAACACUAACUGAAUAUUUUUCAGCUCAAAAAAUGACAUGUACAAUUGAUUAUAUGUCCUGUGUAGUUUUUAGUACUCCCUCCACCUCCUUAAAGCUGAUCAGACCUCAGUCUGAUGAACUAAGGAUCAGUUUGACUUCAAGUCAGGAUUUUUCUGAAAGACACAGACAAUCAAAUUUGUGUAAAUUUGUGUAAUUUGUGUACCGGUAACAGAUCACAUGUCCACCUCAGUUUGGCUAACAAAGUUGGUUUACAAUCACAAACAAACAAAUCCUGCUAUGAAUCAAAGUAAGUUCAUGUGUCUUGAGGAUGCCGUAAUACCUUCAUAGCACAUCUCUGUUAAGUAAAAGCUGUAUGCUCUGUGUGACCUCACAAGAAUUAGCUUCCCUUUUAUUUAAAGGCAUCUCUCUGAACUUUGAACUUGUCAUUUGACAUCUGUGAUUUUUCUUAUAAAACCGUUAAACCUGCAGCAGUUAUUUGGGGGAAAGUCAAAUAAAUGUUUUAUUUCUCACAUUAAACUUGGUGUGUGCUCUGGUCCCUUGGCUGAAAAUAAACUGUGGUAAUUUUAUCAAGAGCAGAGAGUAUGCUAAAGUGAGCCACCGUCACUCCAAAUAACUUUAAACUGUUGGCCCUCUAAAAAUGAUAUAAGAUGAUACAAGUCACGUUUUCAUCAUGUUGUUUUUACCAUCAUAACUCUAGCUACAACAGGAAUCUUCUGCACAUAGAUAUGCAUGAAAUACAUUUUUUUUGGCAACACAAGCCUGCAUCUGUACAUAAUGUAUUAAAAAUAAUAUUUUGUUUAGGUAUAUGAUAGUCAUAAUGUAUGCAAAACGAGCUGUUGAUCUGCUCUUAAUCUGUUAUUUCCGUUAUAUUGAACAAGAUUAGACUGUGCUGUCAAAAUAAUUUCAUAGUUAAUAAUUCAGUGUUGUGUGGUUUACUCUGCCAGAUAAUAUUAAGUCUUCCUACACUGAAAUAUGUAAAGGCACCUAUGAUGUCAGAUUCAGUUUUCAUAAAAGCAAGCAGUAUGGUGCCAACAGGUAUCAAUGUUUGUGGAUUUCCUGUUGAAAUUAAGUGUUUUGGUCCUUAUCCAAGUGUUUUACUGUGUAUUGGAUGUGUCAACAGUCUGUAUUGGUAGCUAUUCAUGGUUUUGCGUCAAUUACAGCCUGAGAACAGUGAAGUUUUUCAUUUUAUUUUUUAUUUUUAGCACAAAGACCUAGCCUGUGUCUCAGUGUGAUCAAGAUUACAUAAUACUUCGCAAAAGAAUGGAACAAUUCUUAAUCAAGAUGAAGAAUUAUUCAUGCUUCUUGCUUAGUGGUCAUUAAGUGUGCAUUUGUUCCUCCUUUCCUUCCAGUGGGAGUAUGGAACCAGCUUUUCACAGAGGAGAUCUGCUGUUUUUGACCAACCGGGUAGAGGAUCCUAUCAGAGUCGGAGAGAUUGUCGUCUUCAGGAUAGAAGGCAGAGAGAUCCCCAUAGUACACAGAGUACUGAAGAUCCAUGAAAAGUAUGAAUCUACACUUUGUUACUGUGGUUGUCAUUUAUGAAGUUAUCACUGAGCCCCAUAUCUGUGUAACAAACCUGACAAUGCCGCUGAGUAUUGGGCCGAAUUGGAAAAACUGCUCUGAGAGGGUUUUCAGAUAUACCAGAACUAUCAUGUGCCCUCAUCCAGACACAGACGUGGUCAGAAAGAGGACAUGUUGUGCAUUUUGGUCUAAAGUCAUGCUGAUAUAUUGUCUGCAGGGAAAAUGGAGACAUUAAGUUCUUGACCAAAGGAGACAACAACGCAGUGGACGACAGGGGGCUGUACAAGCAGGGCCAACACUGGCUGGAGAAAAAGGACGUGGUUGGACGAGCUAGAGGGUGAGUCCACUGUGGAAAAAAUCCACUUUCUACUGACGAAAUGGGGCAAAAAACUAAUGUGAAAUUAAUUUGAAGUAGCACUUGUUGCAUGUGACAAUGUCUUUGUUCCUAAAGAUUCAAAGAUAGGGAUCUGUUUUCUCUGCUAGAUAAUUUGUGUACAGCUGGAGCAAAACAAGACUUUAGGCAGUACAUGUUUUUCAUUGGUGUGAAAAUGCCGUAAAGGCCUCUUCAAACAAAGCAUUGUUUUGUGACUGUGUUCUGGUUGAUGAUUGUAGAAACCAAACAUCUUACUGUAAAUGCAGUAUUGAAACUCAACAGAAUAAAGCAGUCUUAACUCCAGGUUUGGAAGGGAAAAAAAAGUAAAGUUCUCAGUUUUAAUUUGUCAUGUUGAGGAAACCACUCCUGGUUCACACAACUCUAAGCCUGUCACCAGAGCAACACCGGCCAACUGUGCAUUUCAAUCAAAUAUAACUCAGCGAGGGAAACUGUAACCACAUCUGCCUGGUCGGUGGAGUCUGCACAGCAUUUCACAGUUUUCCUUGCCUGCAGAUAUCCACCCUUCCUAGCUAGAUGCUGCUGUAGCUGACAGAUUUACACUGCAUUUCAACUUUGUCCUCAACCAACUUCUCAUCUAGACAUUUAAUGUCAUGUUAUGCACUGCAUCUUUUGGGCUCAGCUUGGGUUGACAUAAAGAGGUGCUGGUCUGGACCAAUGCUGUCCGUAUGGUUACCUUAGAUUGUCAUUUGGUACCCAUCAAUACCACUGAGCGUUAGAUUCUGUCACAUUGCAUGCACACAUAUUUGUUUUAUUCACCACUUAGAAUGUAACUCUUACUUGUAUCCAUUUAUGAUUGUUUUCUGUGGGAAAUGUUAUGAUUGACAAACUUAUGUACUGUAUGUUCAUGACAUCUUAUGACACUAAGCUUGUCUAAUGUCUCCAGGUUUGUGCCGUACAUUGGAAUCGUCACAAUCCUCAUGAAUGAUUACCCCAAGUUCAAAGUAAGCCAAAGAACUAGAUGCACUACCUUUGAUUUUGAUCUAUAAUCUGUAACAUGACCAUCUAAUAUCUAUAACCUGUGUUUUUUUCUGCAGUAUGCUGUGCUCUUCUUGCUGGGUCUCUUUGUGUUGGUUCAUCGGGAGUGAGGUACCAACACAUCAGGGCUCUUGAAGGAUUAACUACGUCCAGGAAACCUCAGUCAUGCCUUUCAAAACAAAAUUAAGUUCCACUUUGUCAAACCCAACUGGCUUUUUGUACCAUUUGUUUGAACAUUUUGUAGAAAUGUUGAUAGGGUGUUUACAUUUGAAAAAUACGAGCUUUAAAAAAUAUUUUUGUGAGGGAAACUAGGCUAGUUUUAGUUAAAAAUUGAUCUUUAUUUGUAAUCCUCAGAAUGUGAAACAGCAUUCAUUAAGAUAAAUUAAGUCUUGUUUCCUUUUUGUUGAACUGUUGUCUUUGAAAAAGAUAUGUGAAGUAUUUUAUGACAACUGAAUAUGAAUGAUAUUAAAUAUGAAUUCUGGUUACCAUCCACUAUGGAGUC